AUGAGACACUCAAAGCAAACUAAAUCUGCAUUUUUAUACAGGCACACAUGCAAUUACAGACACACCACCGUUGCUACAAAGCAUAUUAUUACUACAAGACUCUUGAGAUGGCUGCAUUAUAUACUCAGCGGUGUUGGAGGCGUCGAGUUGCGAAAAAAAAAGCUUCGGGUCCUUAAACAGCCAUUGCUCGAGACUGUUGCUCUUGUGGAGGACAUUGUUGUCGAGUAUGUGACAGCUAUGGUGCAUAAAGCGCAAGACAUUGCAUCAAAGAGGGGAAAGCUAUUGACUGAGUAUUUCUUGUUCUCGAUCCGCAAGGACUUGCCCAAGUUAAACCGUUGUAAAGAACUGUUGUCGAUGAACGAAGAGCUGAAACAAGCCAGGAAGGCAUUCGAUGUGGACGAGGAAAAGAUGGCUUCCGCAGAGUAAUGAAAUGGUGCAGAAAACAAUUCUUGUG